GAAAUCUUUUCUCUUUUGUGUGAUUUCGACGUUUUUCUUGAAAACAGUCAUGAAACUUUCUCAUAGACUUAUAUGCUGAUGGAUUCUGUACUCGACAACAACUCAAAAUACAAUCCUAUUGAAAGAUAUGCAUCCUUGGGUCACAAAGUAUUUGGAGCUCCCCAAAAGUAUAUCCAGGCUCCUCAUCUGGUUCAAUAUAUUGGAAAGUACUUGAGUCUACUGAACGCUCAGCACAUUGUACUAGUCAGGGAUCCCCUUUUGAAUAUAUUUACACAAGUACGUGACUCCAUUUUACAACAUAGAGCAGCCAAAAGGGUUGACGAAUAUACAUUCGAUGGCGAGUGUUCGUGGCAACAAGUCAAACGCAUAGUGGAUGCCAUUCACUCCAAGAGCCAUUCUUCAGGUACUCCUGAUUGCCUAGUUGCAGUUGGAGGAGGUAAAACGCUGGAUUUGGGAAAAGCUAUAGCCAAUCAGUUGCGCAUAUCAUUAGCUAUCGUGCCUACUUUAGCAAGUACUGAUGCACCGUGUUCGGCUCUUUCUGUUAUGUAUACACCAGAAGGAGACUUUCAAGAGUAUUCAUUUUAUCCGCUCAAUCCUACCUAUGUAUUUGUUGAUAGCUCAAUCAUAGCAAAAGCACCCAAUCGAUUUCUUGCCAGUGGUAUAGGUGAUGCAAUGGCCACUUUUUAUGAAGCCGAUGUAUGUUUCCAUAAUCCAAAAGCAACUACUUGUCAAGGAGGUCGUCCCACUUUGAGUGCUUAUUCUUUGGCAGAAUUAUGCAAAAAUAUUUUAUUCAAGCAUGGUUUGGAAGCAUUGAAGGAUGUGAAAAAGGAACAAUUAUCAGAGUCUGUGGAUCUCGUGAUUGAAGCCAAUACUCUGUUAAGUGGCUUAGGUUUUGAAAGUGGUGGAUUGGCUGCAGCACAUGCCAUACAUAAUGGUUUGACUAUUCAUCAUGCCACACAUCAUAAAAUGCAUGGAGAGAAGGUUGCUUUUGGAGUUAUCAGUCAACUAUGUAUGGAAGGAAAGAUGGAAGAAGCUUACAAAGUUGCCCAAUUCUUUUAUCAUUGUUACUUACCAGUUACUCUUACCGAUUUGAACUUGAAAGAAAGUGACAGAGAAGGAUUGGAAAAUAUAGCAAAACGAGCUUGUCAACAGGAUGAGACUAUUCACAAUCACCCAUUUCCAGUUACUCCAGACAAAGUUUAUGAUUCCAUGUUGGAAGCUCAUCGUUUAGGAAUGAAAGUUGUGCAUCAGACAAGUAGAGAUUGAAAUAGUAGUAGUGUAUAAAAUUUGUUGUUGUGUCAAAUUUCCAUUUGUCUCUUCUUUGGGUGAUAUAUAUAAUAUAUAAUAUAUAUAUAAUGUAUAUAAUAUAUAAUAUAUAAUAUAUAGCUAAUGUCAUAU